GAACGUGAUCAGUCGACCAUCCGACUGCUCACUGUUUCGCUCGAGGAUGCAAACAAGGCCAAGCUUGCAGCAGAGAAAGACCGAGAUUUCGUCAGGGAACAGUACAUGAACGCGUCAGGAUACGUCACAACAGUGCGAAACGAGAACGCCGAGUUGGAGAAACGGGCGCAGAUUACUGAAAAACAAGCAACAGAGGGCGUCGCCCUUGUUCGUGCGACAUUUACUGAACGCAUCAGGUUUCUGGAAGAGGAUGUCAAAUCGUGGAGGCAGAUGGCGGACUUUGCUGUUGCUAAAGAUAGUCGGAUGAACGAUGAUAUCCGGCGGCGGGCGGCAGAGGCCCCUGAGUUGGAGUAUCGCAAUGAAAAGCUGAAGGAGGAAAUUGAGGAUCUCACUACGCAUAUUGGAGAAUUGAAUGGUGAGAUCGCCAAG